GGAACGCACGCGACCCUUUCCCGUCCCUUGCAAUUUCAUGAAUGGAGCCCGAGGAAGCAGGAGCGCGCACGCGCCUCUUUUCCCCGGGCCAAUGAGGAGUGGCGGCUCUGGGCCAGUGUUGUGGUCACGUGGGCGUUUGUAGUUGCGGCGCCCGCGGCUCUACUCCGGCGGGCUCUUUAUCGCUCGGCCCGCCCGCCUUGCGGCACCCACCGCUCUUAGCCCCACCAUCGCCCCUCCCUAGGGCUUGGCUCGGAGUCGCUGCUGUGCCAUGCCGCUUGUGCGCUACCGGAAGGUCGUGAUCCUGGGGUAUCGCUCUGUGGGUAAAACAUCCCUUGCUCACCAGUUCAUUGAUGGAGAGUUUCUGGAGUGUUAUGACCCAACAGUGGAAAGCACUUACAACAAAAUGUUAAUGUUGGGGAAAGAUGAAUUCCACCUGCAGCUAGUGGACACUGCAGGGCAGGAUGAAUAUACCAUCUUGCCUCACUCUUUUAUCAUCGGCAUCCAUGGCUACGUGCUGGUGUAUUCGGUCACAUCCCUCAAGAGUUUUCAGGUGGUAAAGUCUUUGCACAGCAAGCUAUAUGAAAGCAGAGGAAAGACGAGGAUGCCUGUGGUGCUUGUUGGCAAUAAAGCUGAUCUCUCACUAGAAAGGCGUCAGGUGAAAACUGAUGAAGGCAAGAAACUUGCUGAUUCCUGGGGUGCUGUGUUCUUGGAAUCCUCAGCAAAAGAAAACCAGAUGACUCAAGGUAUCUUCACAAAGAUCAUUGAAGAAAUAGACCGUGUGGACAACUCAUAUGGUGAACAGCGCAGCUGCAUCCUGAUGUGAUGUUUCUUUUUCUCCGUCUGAAACCACACGGUUGGUGUGGAUGGGCAGGGGGUUGUCAGGAUCUUCAGGCCAACUCAGGAUGGGUGUGCAACCACCUAGAGCCCUGCACAGCAGGUCUGAAGUAGCUUACGGGUAACCCACACACAGACACGAUAUACCUCAUUGCUUGUCCCCUGUAUGAGGCGGCCAUAUUUUGCACAUUAGUUUGCUGGAAGCAAUCUGUGUAUGUAUAUAUAUGUAUUGCCAAAUGUUUACAGAACUGGGAGGGUGGGGUCACGGAUCUAUUUAUGUUCUUUGACGGGAGGGACUCCUCGGUGUAUUUAUAUCCAAGUUUAAUCCAUAUAUGCACAAGUUUACAUAAGUGUCUGUUCACUACUGAGUGUAACAGAGAGGCGGCUGAAUGUAACUUUGUGGAAGCCAGCAAGGGCUAGUUCUUCUGGUCCAUGGUUUUCCUUUGGUGGCAGCUGACCUGUGAUUCUAGAUGUGUUGUUGGUUUUCAGUGGUGCCUCUUGCAACUUGUUGCCUUAUUUUUUGGGGAGUGAAAUAUGUGGAUUUUUCUUUAGCUUCCACUGUAACACUUCUUCCCCUCUUCCAACGUACUCAGCAUUCUGUGGAGAGUCCAACAGGAGAAGAGGCAUGAAAUUGCUAUAGGUUAGCAGAGCCUAGUAAUUUUUCACAUGCAUAUAAAAGCAAAUAUCUUGUUUUGGGAGCCAGAUGGAGAAAAAAAUGUUAUCUGGUAAACAUCAGUUUAUUGACCACUUAGAUGGUAUUGCAUUAGUCUGUGUAAAGAAUAACAGAAGUUGCCUAGUGUAGCAAAUAGGGGAAAGAAAGCAAUACUUGCCAGGGUGCUAUCUAAACCCUUUUAAGUGUUUCCAUGUCCUGCUUACAAUGUUUGGUUCUUUCAGAGGAUCCUUAAAGCAAUGCAAAGACUGAAUGAUCUCAAUCUUGUCUGCUGAAUCUGGGUUUAAUUCUAAUAGAAGGCAUGCAGCAUUCACAUAAGAGAGAAGAAAUAUUUAUGCUAACCUUGUAUUUCUGCUAGUGGAUGGGAAACGUCUUGUGCCUCUGCCUUCAUACACUUGUGUGUUGGGGAGGCAAUGCAAACUGGAUGAGAGUGCCUGACUGCAAAAAGAGGAGGCUUCAGUAGAUGCCUGGAGGCGUUUCCAUAAAGUCGUGUUGUGCUAUAUGAUCAUGCUGAAAUGUAGAAGCAAAACUGAGAAGCUCAUUCAAUAUAAACCUUCUGUUGGACUAGAACAGGGCUGCACAACUUCAGCCCUCCAGCUGUUGGUGGACUACAACUCCAAUCAUCCCUGGCCACUGUGGUUGGGGAUGAUGAGAGUCGUAGUCCAUUCAGCCAUUUCAGUGCUAACUAAGCGGGAGUUGUCUCUCCUGUUUUCUGCAGACUUGCCCAUGGCUGGCACAUCUGUGGCUGAAACUGCCUACUACCUAGGGUCAGGCAUGAUCGGGAUCCUCUUUGGGACUGCUUUUAUGAAAACAAAUAAGGCUGUGAAACUGGUUCCCACAUCCCAACUGACAGCCUUUCUAGUCUGACCACAAACUGCAUAUGCUGUAACUGCCCUCUUGUGUGCCUCCUGCUCGGUCUCUUGUCUUGGACAGAACAAGCAGUUUGUGAUUGGCCACUUCACUCUGCGUGGGCUGCUAUCCAAAGGGCUACAUGGGGAGUUGUGGGGAGUGAAGCUCCCUGACACAGCCCCUCAAAGCCAUGUGGGGUAGUCCUUGCCUCAGGAGCAGCCCCUGUUGAAGCCCAUGAACCGUGGCCUGAAGAAGGGGAGGGCGGCCUGCUUGUGCCUCAAGGAACUAUGGGGAUCCUAGCCAUGGUGGUGUGUCUUGCUGUCUGUCUGUCCUUCCUGUGGUGGUUGUGAUAGAUGAGCCCAAGCUCCUCGGGGAGCUGGGCCUGGGCCUGCUCCCUGCCAAAAGCCACUUCCUGAGAGGCUGCUGAUCGGCUUUGCACCCUGGGCCACCAGCACAAAGCCCCCAGCCUUACAGGAAGAUUGCCAGCAUCUUAAAAUGUGGAGGGUGGGUUGCUUUGUUGUGCUGAAUAUCUCUUUGGAGAGGCUGCUGGUCAGAAGAAAAUCCGAGAGGGGAUUGUUCUUCCUCUAUGGUGCUUAAAGAGGCCAGAACAGGGGAAAUUGCCUUUGCUCGUGUUAGAGCUGCUGGGAUAGUUAAGGUUCUUUGCAGGCAGGUUCCAGCAGUGUCCUGACUUCAUUGAAGGGGGCUCCAAAGUUUCCAGAGCAUUGCCUGGCCUGUUAAUGUGAAGGGCCCCCUAUUUACCCAGCUUGGCUAGUGAGGUGGUGUGUUCAGCAUAGCCAUUGGGUGCCCUUUUAAUGCUUAGCUAAGUUUCUGUUUCACAGAAUGAAUUAACUUUUCCAGCAGGUGCUCUAAUCUCUCAUCCUGCUUCCCAGUGCGGACAACAGAACUGAGGGGCCUUAAUUCCUUGGCACUGUAGCUACAGGCUCGACCAGGACAGUUCUUGGUUUCAGUGCGUCGUUGCUACGUUCAUCUUGUAUAUCGCUCCAUGCUGCCAACUCCUUUUUCAAAUUUUGGUCUAGACAGCCUCAUCUUGAAGGUCUCCCCAUUGAGGAGCCAGUCUGUCUGCUCUUGCUAGCUGGGAGGAUGAGAUGGAGACAACCUUUUCCACCUUUCCCCGCCCUCUCCUCUUCCGGAAGGUUGCAGGUGGGCUGAAGCUUUGUGCAUCUCUGACUUUAAGGAUGCUGCUGCUGGGUUUCACCCCAUGAAGGGAGAUGAUGAAGCAACAUCUCGGCAAAUGAUUGUGCGGCGUGCUGCUGCUACUGGCUGUCCACUUGAAUGCAUACGUAGUCAUUUGCGUGCCCGCUGCCGGUUUAACAGGAGGAGAGGCCUGGACUUCUGUGCUGUUGUGUCUCAAAAUCUUUGAUGUUGCGAUGAAUUGUGCAAAUUAAAACUGAUUAGCAAGGCUGAAGACAGAGGAACAUGAAGAUUAAUUUUGGAUUGGGCUGUGCUUGUGAUGGUGAAGCCUUUCUACAAAUGGUGCAAGCAUUAGGGUGGGAGUGGGCAGGAUGCAUAAAGGUAAGGGAUGGCGGGGCGAGCCCCGAUUCAUCAGUGGUGGCUGCUCCCCAUUUUUCCUCCAGGAGCAUGUGAGCUAGGGCCUCUCCUACAACACUGUUUGCUUAUGUAAAAGCUCAGCUCAUGUGGAUGAGCUUCACUCCUGAGUGAGAGCAUGACAUCUCUGGCUCACUUUUUAUUUUAAGGUGCAUGGCGAAGGGGAGCCCACCUGCCCUGUUCUCCAUAUUGCAGGACUCCUGCUGCAGCUGAGAUGAGCAAGAGGCAGUGGGCAGACAGAUGAGGGAGAGGGCUUGGAUGGGGCAGGAGAGAGUCUUCUCUUGUCUCAUUGGAGGGGAGGGGUUGUAUGCAUAGCUAUUUUAGUCAGACUGCUGGCAUUGCCUUGUCCAUGCCCACUGGUUCCCAAGACCAUGUUGUGUUGCAGAGUGACCAAGAAGCAUCCUAGGGUUGGAUGCUGCAAAUAGGGACUGGCUUGGUUCUUAAGAGCUGAAGCCAGAAGAGGCAGUUCCUGUGUGCACCACUUUCUUUCAUAGAAGGGAAUGGGCUGCUCUUCAUUCAGUUGGGGCAUACUUGGGGCUGCUGCAGUGGUGAAGGCAAAACGUGACUGCCUCUUUUGACCAUGGGUGGCCUGGCCCAACCCUCUCCGCCCGUGACCUACAUGGGUGGGAGCUCUCCCUCCACACUGACCAGUUGUUGCAAUGGGUGGUGUAUCUUACAAGCACAAGCUUAAGUUCAGAGACAGGAACUUGGGAGAUGUGUAAGGGAGAAACUGGUGCCCAUCUGCCUUAACCUUGAUGUGCUUUGCACAAGUAUUUGCAUUCUGUCAGUAAGCUGGCAGGAACUACUCAUGGAAUCCAGGUUUCCUCCACAACCAUGAGGACUAGAAACAAAGUUUGCCCUUAUCCAAGGGUUCUGUGCCAGCCAGCUCUUCCUGUAUUCGUGGCUGUAUUCUGUGACAGGGCUAUGGCCAAACAGGGGGUUGGGCCUCCUCUGCCUGUUCUUAAAUGUGGGCAUAGGCCAUCUGGGCUAACGGAGAGGUCAAGUGCAGUGCAGCUGUGGCUUCUGUCUGUCCUCGAUGGGAGGCAACCUGCUGUGUGCCAGGGACAGGGGUGCCUUCUGGGCUUGAUGUAUCUUCUGUGUUCGGCAUGUUCUGUGCUGCUGCCAAGUGUAGAGCUAAUUUGCUACUAAUUGCAUCAAUUAAGUUGUUAGCAACACAGUGGUAAUAUUGAGAGAGUGCCAUCCUGAGUUUUGGUCUGGGCUGACUGCAAACAUAAACAGCUUUGAAGAAUUUCCCACUGAAACCGUUCUGAGCUCCCUCCUGCCUUCCUAGUCCCCUGAAGCUGACUUCAGGGAAAAGAAGUAAAGGUUGCUUCAGCCUGACUUCUCGGCGCUCAUAUGGCCACAGCCUGCAAAGUCUUGACCUGGAGUUUGCCCCCCAGUGCUAGGUUCCUGCCCUUCCUGCCACCCCCUUCAGGCAGUGCGUAUUCCUCUGGGUCCUAGUUUUCCUCAUCCCUGCCCAUUCUUGCGGCAGAGGUGCUAAAUCCUCUGGAGCUGUAUAGUGUGCCUAUCUUUGUAGUGAGACCCCAGCCCUACUGGCAAUGGAGUUAACCAUCUUCCCUCGAAAGACAGCUGAAUAGUGGCUAGAAGCGUAGGAGAAGUCUCAUGAUGGUGAUGGAGUGUUCCCACUUUCAGCAAUUGCAGGUGCUGAAUAGUAGGCCUCCUGUUGUGUCACUGGUAGUCACUGAAACUACCACUCCUGUGACCAGUGCCACAUAAUAAGAGCAGCAAGGGCUCAUGCACCAGACUCAUUGAGAUAGCUGGGACACAGCUGAGGCAGGUGGGGGCACAGACCCUACCAACCACUAUAUGUUGAAUUCCAGCUUCUUGAGUGUCCGAGGAACAGGUUGGAGCUAUGCAGAGAGAAGUGUGGCCAGUUGUGAUAUAUGUUGCACCCUUCAAGGGCCAGGAUGUGUAUUCUGGGUCAAAAAUACUAGGGAUAAAAACAUUAGAGGCCAAUAGGGGUGUGUCUCUAGGAAAUUCAGAGCCUUGGUUUUUGGUUUGUUUGUUUUUUCUAUAGAGCUGGAGGCAGAGGCUGUGUCUUGUCCACUAAGAGAGAUCUUUCUCAAUGCCAAUUUUGAUGACAGAAGCUCAGUGACUCAGGCAAGAGCUCUGCCUUGUCUUUCUGGGUAACAUGACUCUUUGUUUCUUAGGAAAAGCCCUAUUCACAUGUUAUGUUUCAGUGCACAUACAGAUAUGUACACAUGUACAGUUACACAUUAUGUUCAAUAAUUAUGUUCGAUGCAAUUAUGUUCAAUGCAAGUACAGCAGUGGCACUUCCUGUCUGUAUCCUGCAUGUAAUGGGGUCUGUACCCGAGUUCACUUUUAAGUUUUGUAUAGUAAUUCAUACAAAAGUAUGUGCACAUGUACAGAUAUUUGUAUAUAUGUACAGCGUAAUGUCACUCUGCUGAAUGUUGCCAUUGAUUCUGGUACAAAAUGCAUGCAUGUGGGGGAGUCCCAGCCAUUAGCAGCAAGCAUCCUGUUUUUGAGAGAACGAGUACGUGUUCAUAACUGGUGCUUCCCAAAGGGAUUGUGCUUGAGGCACUUCCUCAGCUCUACCUGCUCAAGCCCCCCCCCCUCCUUAGCUCCAUCCUUCCCACCUGUCUAGCCCUCAGUCUUAUCUGCCAUUUCUCUGUGUGAGAGUAUAUUGUAAAUAAGUGGAAAUAAACGUGUUGAAAAGUUUGUGUCUCCUUAAAUAUACAAACUUGCUGAAAACUUUGAUGAUAAAGCACAUCUUUUUACAAUGCUUGAGAGGAACUACAGGGAGGAGGAAUCUUACGUUCCCCCAGCCUGUUUGUAAAUAUUCAGUUGGAGCAUGGGCUUCUCAAGUGUGGGUUCCCUGGUGGUGUUGGACUACAACUCCCAUCAUCUCUAGACACAUAAGCCAAAAGCCAUUGUGACUGGGAAUGAUGGGAAUUGUAAUCUAACAUCAGGAGACCCAAACUUGAAAACCCCUGAGUUAGAGAUUAGAUUCUUUAAUGUGUAGCAUGGACCCAUCCCUGGGCUGAUUCCCCACAUUGUUUCCCCCAAAUACACUUGUUAAAAUUUCACAUUGCUAUCCCACCUUACUAUUAAAGAAGUUCAGUUCAGCAUACAAGGCUUGCUCCCCACUCCCUGUUAUCCUCACUAUAACCCUGUGAGAGGUAAGUUAGGCUGAGAGAUGGAGACCAGCCAAAGUUCAUUCAGCACAUUUUUUGUGGAAGUCUUGAAGUGGCGCCCCCCACACUAAUAUUGCACCACACUGAUUCUGAACAUGAAAAUCUGAACAUGUAAAGAGUGAACAACAAGUUGGAGCCAGUUUGUGUUGAAAUGUGUGUCCUAGAAUUGGCUGUAGCUCCCUGUGGACUGUGCUUUCUGUGGCAAACUCGGGCUUCCACUCUGUGAGAGGCCCUGUAUCUUUUCCUCCCAGCCCACCCCUUGCAGGUGAACAAGCAGUUGUGGGAGGGGGGGGGUGAUGGUUUUGAACAGACAAAUACCAGAAAGAGCAAAGGCUCUUUCCCACUCGGAUCCUGAUAUUAGCUGCCCAUGAACUGCUUAUUUAAGGGGCGGUGGGGGGCGAUGGGGAUGGCAGAAGAAUCCUGAAACUAUCUGCUAUGUGUACUUUGGACCUAAAAAGGGCUUCUGGUAUGAAGUUUAAAAGUUGCCAGGGACGGACUGUUGUAGAAGAUGGGGGGGAUCUUCUGUUUGUGCACAAACUAACUUUUGAACAUUUGAAAGAGUCCAGCUUGUAUGCCUAAAAUGAACCAGGGAAGCUGCAGAAGGAUUCUCUUGGAGGCAACUAGUUAAGCUAUGCAUCCUGUUCAAAUGAUCUAAGUAUUUAUUGUUUUAAAUUGUUACAUUGGCACAACAGUCAUAUACUAUAAAUAAAACAAGAUGCAAAUAUG